ACUUUCCUUUCUCUACAUAUAUGUAUAUAUAUAUAUCCCGAAUUACUUAAAUUAGUGGGAAUAUCCUAUAACCCUGGGGUCGAUAGAUUAUUAUUAUAUAUAUACACGCACAUUAUUAGUCACCAAUCAAAUCCCCAUAAAAGUUUCCCUUCUCCUUUCGCUGCUUCUCGAAUCGCACACCAAGCUUUGGCUGGCGCAAGAAAUAAAUAAAGAAAGAAACGCGAGGGGAAGAGAGAGAGGCCGCGGGGGUUGAUCCACGUUUCCCCAUCUUUCUCUCUAUUUGUUUCUUCCCUCUCUUUUUCUUUUGUUGGUUUUCUAGAGAAGCUUCUUUCUUCCUCUUCUUCUUGAUCUCUCGCUGCUAGGGUUUAGGGACGAGAAGAAAGAGAUGAGGAGCUCUCUAGAGGCCUCGGGAGCCUCCGGAUUGGCGCUUGCUGCGUUUUCCGAUUGGUGGACGGAGAUCAACGAGUCGCCGAAGUGGCAGGACGGGGUGUUCUACUUCCUCUGCGCCGCCUAUGCCCUUGUCUCCGCCGUCGCUCUGAUACAACUUAUUCGAAUACAGCUACGAGUGCCUGAAUAUGGUUGGACAACUCAGAAGGUUUUCCAUCUUAUGAAUUUUAUUGUAAAUGGAGCACGUGCUGUUGUGUUUGGAUUUCACUCACAAGUUUUUCUUUUCAGACCAAAAGUACUUACUUUAGCACUGUUAGACCUUCCUGGGUUGUUAUUUUUCUCUACGUACACGCUCCUUGUUCUAUUCUGGGCAGAGAUAUAUCAUCAGGCCAGGAGUCUUCCAACAGACAAGCUAAGGACUGUUUACAUCUCUGUCAAUAGUGUGAUUUAUAUAAUUCAGGUCGGCAUAUGGAUAUACCUCUGGAUAAAUGACAAUAGUGUUGUGGAGUUAAUUGGAAAGAUCUUCAUAGUAGUGGUAUCAUUUGUUGCUGCACUUGGAUUCUUGGUAUAUGGAGGAAGGCUAUUUUUCAUGCUGAGGCGUUUCCCAAUUGAAUCAAAAGGGCGAAGAAAGAAGCUUCAUGAGGUUGGAUCUGUUACAGCAAUAUGCUUCACCUGCUUUCUUGUAAGAUGCUUUGUGGUUGGAUUAUCUGCAGUUGAUCCUGAUGCAUCUCUUGAGGUUUUGGAUCACCCAAUUUUGGACCUCAUCUAUUACACGCUGGCUGAGAUACUCCCUUCAGCACUUGUUCUAUACAUACUCCGUAAACUACCUCCUAAACGAGUGUCAGCGCAGUACCACCCUAUUCGGUAGUGUUAAUGAACACCUGCAACAGGGAUGUUAGAUUUUUUGAGCUGUUCAGAAUGGUGAUGGAGAUGGCAUGGUUGGAACUGGUGGGAGCUUAGAUGAAAGACUAGAUUUUGUACUCAAGGCUUUGUUCCAUGGCUUUCUUGCGACUGUUUUUUCAUUCUGUAUGUGCUGACAAGUGCUCCUCACGGUAAUCAGUGUCAUUGUGCUUCUUAAGGUGGAAACCUGUUUUGCCAUUUCAGGUUUUCCCCCAGGAUAUAUGUAGGAGUAAAGGUUUGUUGGAUUUAUAGGAUAUAUUUGUUACCUGGUUAAUUUAAUUCACUAUAUGAUGUGUUCAUUUCAAAGUGACUAACUUUUUGUUAGAAA